UCCCGAGUUUCCUACAUUAUGGGGUAAUCAAUUUGUCUUCAGACCAACACUAUGGGGAAAGUUGGAAAUUGUGGGGAAUUAAUAAGUUCCCCACAACAACAUUCGACAUUUUUGACAACUUUUCAACAGCGAACUAAAGAAAUUUCCCCGUCUCUGGCCCCUCUCUUAUUAUGAAGCCUUGCAGUGAUCAGCAAAUCAACCUGCGCAGCGUUUGUGACGUGCGUAGAUUAGUCCAAUCAAAAUACCCCACAGUGAUCAUAUGACAUUCUCACACUACCGUAACUGAAUUUUGAUGUUCGGAAGUCCUCAUUCGCGGGAAAAUGUACAAUGGAGAAUGAACAAGGGAUUUCGUGCAAAUUAGAGAUGCCUGAAGAAAAGCAAGCUGUUUGGGCCAAAGGUUUGCCUGAAGUACCCAAAGCAAUGUUUUGGCCUGGUAUUUUAGGAGGGUCUGGGGAGAGUGUUUAUGUACAUUCAGAUGAAUCUCUAAUGGAUGAUGGGGAUGACGAGAGACGAAAAGAUGUAGAAAACUUCAUUUUAUUGCAUGACACUGAAUGGGCUGACAAAAUAAGUAGCCAUGCAAGACAAACAAUUGCUGAGAGGAAGUACAAUGAAUCAGACAUAUUGCCAUUAACUUGUGACAUAGUAAAACUGAAAGACUUCCUUCUUCAUGAAAUUGUCAGGCUGAGUGAAUUACUGUUGAAAGACAUAAAUGCUGUCAACUGGAGAAACUUGGCAGUGGUUGUUUUAUGUAGAAUUACGAUAUUUAACAAGCGCCGAGGGGGAGAGACCAGUCAGAUGAAACUAUCGGCUUACGUAAACAGAAAAACUGGAGAAUGGAAGGAUGCUGAAAAUCUGGAAAUAAUAUCCACUUUAUCACCAAUUGAAAAGAAACUGAUGGACAGGCUACAGCUUGUAGAAAUAGUUGGAAAGAAGAACAGAAAAGUCCCUGUUUUGCUAACUAAAGACAUGUGGAAUGCAUUAGACUUGCUUAACAGCAAAAGGAAUGCCAUUGGAGUUCCUCUUCAAAACCCUUUCCUGUUUGCUGCACCAUCUUCCAAGUCUGGGCACUUGAAAUGUUGGGAUUCCCUCAAAUGGAUAACAAACAGAGUGGAUUUAAAGAAUCCUGAACUUAUUACUACAACUAAUAUGAGAACAUACAUCGCAACAGUUUCACAGAUAGUUGAUCUGGAUUCCAAGAACGAGCUAGAAUGGCUGGCAAACCAUAUGGGGCACACCCUUUCCGUACAUAGGAAGUACUACAGACUCCAAGAACAAACUCUUGAGCUCGCAAAGGUCAGCAAAUUGUUGAUUGCUGCAGAUUGUGGAAUUAUCCAUAGAUAUGCUGGAAAAACUCUGGAUGAUAUCACAUUGGAAGAAAUACAGUUAGAUAAGUCUGAAGAGGAGGAUUGUGAUGAGCAAGACUGUUCUUCAUCAGAGGAGUGUCAGGAGAGGACCCCCCCAAAAAUAAAGGACAGUAAACAAAAGCAGAAGGAACAAAAGCAAAGCGAGAAAGAUACGGAAUAUGUUUGCAGUAAUGCAAAGAAGUGUACCAGAAGGCCAUGGAAAGAGGAAGAUAAACAAGCAUUAAGAACAUCAUUUCAUCAACAUUUCACACUAUGUUGUCCUCCAAGUAAGAGUGAUGUAAUGCUACAGGGAAGGAAGUCGGACAGAGUUAGAAAGUUAAUCGAAGAGAGAGGGUGGAAAGCUGUGAAGUAUUAUGUUUGGAAUCUAGUGCAACAACAUAAGAAAAGGGGCCAAAAUCUGACAAAUGCCAAGGAACAAAAAAAUUAAUUGUGUCUCGGGCCAAAUUUUGAAAUUCUGGUAAAGCAGGCAAAUUUUUUUUUUUACUAUCAUCUUAUGUUUUCAGUCAUCAGCAGGUUGUCAAACUGAUGCAAUAUUAAGGGUUUUACUUUUUGCUUGGUUUUAACCAUACAGUAAAACAGGCAGCCAAGUAGCUGGAACAGAUAAUUGCUUUUUUGAGCAUAAUUCAUUUUAUUCAUCAAGUGUUUAAUAUAUUGAAAAGUCAAGAGAAAUGAAAUCACUAUGCUAAAAGAGUCAAAUCAUUAUUGGAAUAUUUUACUGUAAUUUGACCUCAUAUACAUUUCCAUUAGUUUAACUUGCAUACUUGGUAAUGAAACACCAAUUGAACAUGUGUUAUUAGUAUGUUUGAAUAAAAAAUGUAAAUCAAA